AGAGGUGCCGAAAAAUCGUCUUAAACUUCUGGAGAAGAAAUUGCUCCACGGAAAAUAGCCAAAACAGUGCGAGAAAAUGGAACGCCCAAUACACUGAAAGCGGUCGAUUCUACGAAAAAUCAUAAUUCUUCAGUUUUCGAUGCUUUCUACCCGGAGACAGUCGCAUCUGUACUAAAGUUUAGCGACAUCUCAGCGAUAGCCAAGGAAACAUCAUCUUCACUCGCAAAACCCGCAUACCUGCUCCAACAGCUCCAGUGACCAUGUAAAAGAGCGAUUCGUGGCGGAGGACCUUCUGGUGGCGCCGAAUCGGAGGUUUUUAAAAAGGAAGAACAAUCAUCAGCAUCGAAUGUGGUGACAAGCCGAAGGAAACACCGAAGUUCAGUGGGUUCGCGGAUCUCGCACAGAAAGCCAUGGAGAAACAGAAUCAGGCAAAACGGGAAGUUGGCGAGGAUGACGAAGGAAAAUUAGAACCUUAAAAGAUUGACGAAGAUCAAGAGCUGGAUGCAGUGCUCAGCAGCAAUAUCUGUGUUCAAAUUCCAAGGAAAAGAAUACGCGAAGCUUGGAGUUGGAAUACUACACGUUAAAAACACUAAUGGAAAAUUCAGCGAUGAAGGCAAUAGCUGUCGAGGGGGAACGGAACCGGCUGACUUGUCCAACUUCGAGAACCGAAAUGGUAACGAUGAUAUUUCGAUAAU